AUGGCAAGAACCAAGCAGACCGCUCGUAAGUCCACCGGUGGUAAGGCGCCGAGGAAGCAGCUCGCCACUAAGGCUGCCCGCAAGAGCGCCCCGGCUACCGGCGGUGUGAAGAAACCUCACCGUUACAGGCCAGGUACCGUGGCUCUGCGUGAAAUCCGCCGUUAUCAGAAGUCCACUGAGCUGCUCAUCCGCAAGCUGCCCUUCCAGCGCCUGGUUAGAGAGAUCGCUCAGGACUUUAAGACCGAUCUGCGCUUCCAGAGUUCUGCCGUCAUGGCUCUGCAGGAGGCCAGUGAGGCUUACCUGGUCGGUCUGUUCGAGGACACCAACCUGUGCGCCAUCCAUGCCAAGAGGGUGACCAUCAUGCCUAAGGACAUCCAGCUGGCCCGCCGUAUUCGCGGAGAGCGUGCUUAAACAAACCCACUCCAUCCAGUUAUCCCCAAAGGCUCUUUUAAGAGCCACUU